UAGUUGUUUUAUAUGUAUGUCGCUGUUAUUGUGCUUAAUCAAGAGUAGUAUUGGCUUAGGAGUGGAGGUGCUCUAUAGCUAAGACAUGACCAGUACUAUAUAAGAUCUAUCUAAAGUGCUUGUUCACACGUUUUGUGGUCAGUAUAUCUGCAAUUGAAGGCUUCUUUGGGUGUUUGGUGGAGUUGAACGACUUUCUUGAGGGGGGUUUUGGGUUCUGCUUGGCUUCUGACAAAGUUGGAUUUUCCUGCAAAUGGUUUUGGUGACAAAAACAUAAUCUUCUAGUGGUGAAAUUGAAGUAAAAUGGCUGCAAGAUCUUCUCAACUGGGGAAGAAUGGUGCCCCAAUGGUGACCUUUGCAAGGAGGACAUCAUCUGGUCGGUAUGUGAACUUGUCUAGAGAAUCUCUUGAUAGUGAGAUUGGCAGUGGUGAAUUUGCAAACUAUACCGUGCAUAUCCCUCCAACCCCUGAUAAUCAACCUAUGGAACCUAUGGAUGCUUCUAUAUCCCAGAGAGUUGAGGAACAGUAUGUGUCAAGUUCUAUGUUUACUGGCGGGUAUAAUAGUGUUACUAGGGCUCAUUUGAUGGAUAAGGUGAUUGAGUCUGAGACUAGUCAUCCCCAGAUGGCUGGUGCAAAAGGGUCAUCAUGUGCAGUUCCAGGUUGUGAUGGGAAAGUCAUGAGGGAUGAGAGGGGGGAAGAUAUUCUCCCCUGUGAAUGUGAUUUCAAGAUUUGCAGGGAUUGUUAUAUUGAUGCUGUGAAAACUGGCGAGGGGAUCUGCCCUGGCUGUAAGGAGCCAUACAAGAAUACUGAUUUGGCUGAAACUACUGUCGACUCUGCAAGAGGACCUCUGCCUCUGCCAUCAAAUUUUGGGAUGUCUAAGAUGGAGAGGAGGUUGUCUUUGAUGAGAUCGGCUAAUAGAUCUGUGCUAAUAAAAAGUCAUUCAGGGCUGAUGAGGAGCCAGACAGGAGAUUUUGAUCAUAAUCGGUGGUUGUUUGAGACAAAGGGAACUUAUGGUUAUGGGAAUGCAAUUUGGCCAAAAGAGGGAGGAUUUGGAAAUGAUAACAGUGAUAAUGGUGGCGGUGGAGGCGAGCCAGCUGAACUUCUUAGCAAGCCAUGGAGGCCACUAACGCGCAAAUUGAAGAUAUCUGCUGCUGUUAUCAGCCCAUAUCGGCUUUUGAUUGUAGUUCGAAUGGCUGUACUUGCACUAUUUCUUCAGUGGAGAAUUAGCCAUCCAAAUGAAGAUGCUCGGUGGCUGUGGUUAAUGUCAGUUAUCUGUGAGAUUUGGUUUGCCUUCUCUUGGCUACUCGACCAGCUUCCAAAGCUAUGCCCAGUUAAUCGGGCUACUGACCUAAAUGUUCUGAAAGAAAAAUUUGAGACACCCAAUCAAGACAAUCCCACUGGGAAAUCUGAUCUUCCGGGAGUAGACAUGUUCGUCUCUACUGCUGAUCCAGAGAAAGAGCCGCCACUUGUUACAGCAAACACCAUUCUGUCUAUUCUUGCGGCCGACUAUCCUGUUGAAAAGCUUGCCUGUUAUGUUUCUGAUGAUGGUGGUGCACUUCUAACGUUUGAGGCCAUGGCAGAAGCUGCAAGCUUUGCUAAUAUAUGGGUUCCAUUUUGUCGAAAGCAUAGUAUUGAGCCCAGAAAUCCAGAAUCUUACUUUAGUUUGAAGAAAGAUCCCUAUAAGAAUAAGGUACGUCAUGACUUUGUCAAGGAUCGUAGACGUGUAAAACGUGAAUAUGAUGAAUUUAAGGUUAGAAUCAAUGGUCUACCUGACUCUAUUCGUCGUCGAUCUGAUGCUUACAAUGCUCGAGAGGAAAUUAAGGCUAUGAAGCUUCAGAGGGAGACUGCAGGUGAUGAACUACUAGAACCUGUGAAGGUCUCCAAAGCCACAUGGAUGGCAGACGGAACCCACUGGCCUGGCACUUGGAUGGUUUCAGCUCCCGAGCACUCUAAGGGUGAUCAUGCAGGGAUCAUUCAGGUCAUGUUGAAACCUCCCAGUGAUGAACCUUUACAUGGAACAGCUGGUGAUAACAGCCCAAUUGAACUGGAAGAAGUCGACAUUCGGCUUCCCUUGUUGGUUUAUGUUUCUCGUGAAAAGCGUCCUGGUUAUGAUCACAACAAGAAGGCUGGUGCUAUGAAUGCUCUGGUUCGUGCUUCAGCUAUAAUGUCCAAUGGUCCCUUUAUUCUUAAUCUGGACUGUGAUCACUACAUUUACAACUCAGAGGCCAUUCGUGAAGGCAUGUGUUUUAUGAUGGAUCGUGGUGGGGAUCGUUUGUGUUAUGUUCAGUUUCCUCAAAGGUUUGAGGGUAUUGAUCCAUCUGAUCGCUAUGCAAAUCGCAACACGGUCUUCUUUGAUGUUAACAUGCGUGCCCUGGAUGGUGUUCAAGGUCCAGUUUAUGUGGGCACUGGAUGCCUCUUCAGGAGAACUGCUCUUUAUGGAUUUGACCCACCUAGAAGUAAAGAAUACCAUCCAGGUUGCUGCAGCUGUUGCUUUGGUCGUCGUAAGAAAAGUGCCUCUGUUGCUUCUGCUCCUGAGGAGAACCGAGCUCUAAGAAUGGGAGAUUUUGAUGAUGAGGAAAUGAACCUAGCUCUCUUUCCUAAAAGAUUCGGGAACUCCAGUUUUCUUAUCGAUUCCAUUCCUGUGGCAGAAUUCCAAGGAAGGCCACUUGCUGAUCACCCUGCAGUUAAGAAUGGACGACCUCCUGGUGCUCUGACUAUUCCUAGAGAACUCCUUGAUGCAUCUACUGUCGCUGAAGCAAUUAGUGUCAUUUCAUGCUGGUAUGAAGACAAAACUGAGUGGGGUAACCGAGUUGGAUGGAUUUAUGGGUCUGUAACUGAAGAUGUGGUCACUGGAUAUAGAAUGCAUAAUAGGGGUUGGAAGUCUGUAUAUUGUGUCACAAAAAGGGAUGCUUUUCGUGGAACUGCACCUAUCAAUAUGACCGACAGGCUUCAUCAGGUGCUCCGUUGGGCUACUGGUUCUGUUGAGAUCUUCUUUUCUCGUAAUAAUGCUCUUCUGGCCAGUCCAAAGCUGAAGUUUCUUCAAAGAAUUGCUUACCUCAAUGUUGGUAUCUACCCAUUCACAUCUGUGUUUCUUAUAGUUUACUGCUUCCUUCCAGCGCUCUCCCUUUUCUCAGGCCAAUUCAUUGUCCGGACCCUUAACGUCACCUUCCUUACGUACCUUCUGGUAAUCACUUUAACUCUUUGCAUGCUUGCUGUGCUUGAGAUUAAGUGGGCUGGCAUUUCACUGGAAGAGUGGUGGCGAAAUGAGCAAUUUUGGUUAAUUGGUGGAACAAGUGCCCAUAUUGCUGCUGUGCUCCAGGGGCUACUAAAGGUUGUUGCUGGGAUUGAGAUUUCAUUCACUUUGACUUCAAAAUCUGCUGGAGAUGACAAUGAUGACGACUAUGCUGAUCUCUAUAUCAUCAAAUGGUCAUCCCUGAUGAUUCCACCGAUUACAAUAAUGAUGACAAAUCUGAUUGCUAUAGCAGUUGGCUUUAGCCGGACAAUUUACAGCACCAUACCACAGUGGAGCCGUUUAUUAGGUGGUGUGUUCUUUAGCUUCUGGGUCUUGGCUCAUCUGUAUCCAUUUGCCAAAGGACUCAUGGGAAGGCGCGGAAGAACACCGACAAUCGUCUUUGUUUGGUCUGGACUUAUUGCUAUUACGAUUUCUCUGCUUUGGGUUGCCAUCAAUCCUCCAGAAGGAAGUACUGAAAUUGGAGGAUCAUUCCAAUUCCCUUGAUUUUUGGUGCAUAGAACUUUGCCCCCUGUACGAAGGUGCUUGAUUUUUUAAUUCAACCUGCGUCUUCCCCCAAAUUGUAAGAAAACAAAUGGACGAGGAUCUAACUGGAAUUUGGAUCUAGUGUCAUUGCCAUCCUCCUUGAAUUUUGUUUCUUUUAGAUUUAUACAGGAAGACUACAUACAUUCUUUGUUGUUCAGAAACUUCAAAAGUAGAAAUUGAAGCUUAAUUCUUUUCUUA